AGCCCCGCCCACUCUUUCACAAACGAAUUUGGCGCCAGAGUUUCAGCGCUGAACUAAACAAGCAGUUUUAUUUGAAGAGUUUAUUGCGGCGAAGGAUUUAUUUGUCUUCGAUAUUUAUGUCGGUUAUUUAAGAUGUUUGUAACAGACGUUAGAAAAGAGUUUUAUGAUGUUGUGGUUAAUCAGCGAGUGGCUCUGCUCGUGUCCUCCGACAUCGACGCGCUUUGUGCGUGUAAAAUCCUACAGGCUUUGUUCCACUGUGAUCAGGUGCAGUACACACUGGUUCCUGUGACAGGGUGGCAGGAACUCGGUACAGCUUUCCUGGAACACAAGGAGCAGUACCGAUAUUUUGUCCUGAUUAACUGUGGAGCGAAUGUGGACCUGCUUGAGACUCUCCAGCCAGAGGAGGAUUCGGUUUUCUUCAUCUGUGAUACACACAGGCCUGUUGAUGUGGUGAACGUGUACAACGACACACAGAUCAAACUGCUAAUUAAAGAUGAGGACCUUGGUGUGCCCUCCUUUGAUGAUAUUUUUCGUGAUGAUGAGGAUGAAAACAGUGAUGGACAGGAUUCUGGGAAUGAAAGUGAUGGUGGUUCAGAGCCAUCUGGAAAACGGAGGCGUUUUGAUGAGGGAGCUCUGGAGAGGAGGAUCGAGAGGCAGCGAGAACGAAGAGAGUGGGAGGCUCGAAGGUCAGUUAGUCCAACUCAAGAAUUGCUAGUUUUGUUAAUGCAUUUAUCAUACAUGUAUCAAUGUGCUUAUCAUGUAAAUGGCCAUGUUUUCAGGAGGGAUAUCUUGUUUGAUUACGAGCAGUAUGAGUACCAUGGCACUUCGGCUGCCAUGUUUAUGUUUGACCUGGCCUGGGUAAUGACCAAAGACACCAAGGACAUGUUGUGGUGGAGCAUCCUUGGUCUGACUGAUCAGUGGGUUCAUGAAAAAAUCACACAUAUUAAGUAUGUAACGGACAUCGCUACUCUGCAAAGGCAUGUGUCUCGCCAUAACCAUCGCAAUGAGGAUGAAGAGAACUCUGUCUCUAUUGACUGCAUGAGGAUCACUUUUGAAUACGACUUGAGAUUGGCUUUGUAUCAGCACUGGUCACUGUAUGAGAGCAUCUGUAAUUCCUGCUACACCUCCUGCAGUUUUAAACUCUGGUCUAUAAAUGGGCAAAAGAAACUGCAGGAGUUCCUGGCGGAUAUGGGCCUGCCACUCAAACAGGUGAGACAGAAGUUUAACUCCAUGGACAUGUCAAUCAAGGAGAACCUACGUGAGGUCAUUGAGGAAUCGGCCAACAAAUUUGGAAUGAAGGACAUCCGUAUACAGACAUUUGGCGUGCACUUUGGAUUUAAGAAUCGUUUCUUGGCGAGUGAUGUGGUACAUGCUGCUGCAGCUCUGCUGGAGAAUGUGGAGAAGGAUGAGACUGCUACAGACAACUUCAUCAAAGCUCUGGAUUGCCUCUCAAGGAGUAACAUAGAAAGGCUGCAUUUGGGAAUUGAUCUGGCUAAGAAAAAGCUGAAGGCUAUUCAGCAAACAGUCGCCAGCUGCAUCUGCACUAAUCUCAUUCUCUCGCAAGGACCAUUUCUUUACUGCCAUUUACUGGAGGGAACACCAGAUGUGAAGCUCUUUUCCAAGCCUUUGGCCCUGACUCUGCUCUGCAAAUUCCUGCUUAAGUCCUUUGUCUGCUCUACUCGGAAUAAACGCUGCAAGCUCUUGCCACUCAUUAUGGCUGCUCCUAUGGAUGUCGAGAAGGGCACUGUCAUAGUCUUGGGCAUUCCACCAGAGUCUGAGACCUCUAGCAAGAAGAAUUUCUUUGGCCGGGCGUUUGAGAAAGCUGCAGAAAGUACAAGCUCCAGGACAUUACAUGAUCACUUUGACACUUCAGUUAUUGAGCUGAAGAUGGAAGACAAAGGAAAAUUUCUUGACGCCCUGAUUACCCUGCUGUCCUAAUGCCUCACUGCAUGUUCCAAACUGCUCUCUCAAAUAUCACACACCAACAGAACGUUGAGAACCUGGAUUAUAAAUUUGUCAUCUCACCCGACUUGGUUUCUUACUGGGAAAAUUCUGUCUGUGAAUGGAAUUUUACAUUGCUUGAGAGCAAAUAUGAAUUCUAACAUGUCUCUUGUCAGUUUUGUGCCAUGUGUAUAGCGCCACCCACUUAAAGAGCAUGACCUGUAGCAUUCACACAUUACUAUGGGCUCUUCUGUUAUUUGAUACAGGUCCUGCAUAUCUUCUGUGUACUUCUGAGAUCUUCUAUGUGUAUUAUACUGUAAAUCUUUUUUUUUCUUUUCUUUUUUUUACCUUUUGUUAUAAUUUUAAUCUCUUGGUGUUUGUGUGAAACUCGGUGUAAAGAUUAUGUACUCAGUAAUAAAUGAUGUUUUAUUAAUUUA